GCGGCGGUGUCCAUUACAUUCGGUCCUCUCUCUCUCUCUCUCAAUCUAUCUCACUCUUUGAAGCGUCCGUCUAAAUGUCAAAACGGCCGUGUAAUCCCCGUGAAAUUUGGCAGAAAAAAACAAAAAGAAGAAGAGAAGAACGAGAGAGAGAGAGACAUAGACGGAGAGAGACAAAGGCAGGGAGAAAAAAAGAGGCAGAGAUAAUUGAAGGGGUGAAAAAAGGUACAUCGCCAAGCGGUCGGGUCGGGGGGAGGGUACACGAGCGCGGAAUAGGGGUGUGCGUUGCGGAAAUGGCGCCGGCGCUGGCGAUUUGGCGGCAUUCGCGAAACGUCAGCACCGACCACGCUGCAGUAUAGUCGCCGUCGGUCGUGUCAGCGGAUGCCCACUAAAGCGGCAAUACCGUUUGUCGAACGAUAUAUUAUCGAAUUGUAUCGUAAAAUCGGAAAUAACAUCGCGGUAGACCUGACGCGGAAUAAAAAAAAAUUUUAACAUUUAUUUUUAUCAUUAUUUUUUUUUUUCUAAAACGUACGUAUUGUAAUAUUAUUACCAUUGUGAUUACGAUAUCACGUUAUUAUUAUUAUUAUUAAUAUUAUACUAUUGUAUAGUUUUUCUGUCGAUCGAACGAGACAACAAUAUUAUAAUACAGAUAAACGCAACAAAAUUAUACAUGAUACGCGAUCGUCGUCGGCUGUGGGGGUUUGGGGAAAAUAAUUUCGCAUCGAACGUCCUCGGUACUUUGCGAAAUCUGUUUUAACUUGCGGUGGUAGUGGCUGAGGUAAACACGAUGACAGUGUUAAAAGCGUAUCGAGUGAAAGGUGUCCCCUUGUGAAAAAUCUAGUGGACAAUCCAUUUUGCUCAGAGCGCGUGCGUUGAAAUCCUCGUCGAUUGUGAUGUACACAAAUCCGGGUCACGUCUUGUCGUUCGACUGAGAUCAAAAAAAAAUAAAAAAAAUUAGAAAUUAAAUCCAAAAUAAUGUAAGACUUCGGCGAUUCGCCUAGUACCGAGGACGUUUUUUGACAACGACAAACAAUAUAAUUUGUUGUUAAUAAUAAUAUCAAAACUAUCGUUUCACUAUUGUUACUAUUAUUGUUGCCUUCGUCGUUAGUGCGAUUUACCGACCGCGGUGGAUAACAUGCGCUCGUGCGGCCGUCGUCAUGUGCACUGAACGCGUCCGCCGACGACGACGAAAUGGCUAUCGUUUUGUCAGCCAAAUCGAAGGUGAUAACGGGCGGCGCGGUGGGCGUGGCCUGCCUGCUGUCCGGUCUCAUAUUCUGCAACCUGUUCGGCUGGAACGGUCCCGUGGAGGACGGCGUCGGAGUCGCCAACGGCAAGCCGGACGACAGACCCAAGAAAAAUAAUAACUGGCAUCCCACGUCGUUGCACCUCUAUCAAAAGCCAGACGAUGACAAGGAACCAGAAAAUCCCGAAGACCUGGCUAACGGCGGUUACUCGGACAGACCACCUGCCCCACCGCCACCACCUCCUUCGAAUGAAAACCAUAGCUAUCAGACGCCCAACAUCAAAGGGGAUAAAGGCGAUGCCGGUCAAAAGGGAGAGUCGAUCAGAGGACCGCCCGGACCACCAGGACCUCCGGGCUCGCCGUUUUCUGGGGACUUUGCCACCGACGAAGAACUCGUCAAGUCUGGAGUAUCUGGACCGAGGGGUCCGCCGGGCAUAUGUAGCUGUAACCUCACCACGUUAUUUGCACCCGGUAACAUACCGGAAUUAAUACAAGGACCGCCGGGCAAUCCAGGCAUCGAUGGCAAAAUGGGAUUGACAGGACUCCCGGGUGCCGUAGGAUUGCCAGGAGAUCGAGGACUAGAAGGCAUAAAAGGGGACAAAGGUGAUAGAGGAGAUGUCGGACAACGAGGGAACGAAGGCAUUCAAGGCCCUAAAGGCGAUUCUGGAAUUGACGGGGAACGUGGUUUACAAGGACCUCCGGGUCCACCAGGUCCUCCUGGGGGAUCAGACUUUUCAAACAAUGAUCCAAGUUGGAAACCAAGACCGAUUUACAAGGAUAUUGGGUUUGAAUCAAACGUUGGGAGGCCCGGUCCCCCGGGUCCUAAAGGCGACCCGGGUGUUGACGGCGCUCCGGGCUUAAAAGGUGCAAAAGGAAUCCAAGGCAAUAAAGGCGUUCGCGGCGAGCUUGGAAGCAAAGGAGUCAAAGGCGACAAGGGGCAUGCUGGAUCUACAGGACCACAAGGUUUUAAAGGGGAACGAGGAAUACGCGGAUUUGACGGAACUCCAGGAAUGCCAGGAGAAAAUUCUCGCCCAGCGCCCAAAGGCGAAAAAGGUGACAGUGGGACACCCGGACCACCGGGUCCACCUGGACCAGCGCUGCCUGGAGUGAAAAUUGAUAAAACGGAUACAGCAGUUGUGAAAACAGUCAAAGGUGAUAAAGGCACAAAAGGAGAUCAUGGGGAAAAAGGAUCCGUUGGUAAUCUGGGCCCAGGAGGAAACCCUGGUCCACCUGGUUUGACGGGUCCCAAAGGUGAACGAGGAGAGCCCGGUUUACCAGCACCCUCGUUAUCCACAACCGAUCUAGGAAUGAGCAUCAAAGGAGAUAAAGGUGAAAUGGGAAGACGAGGUAGACGCGGAAAACCAGGUCCUACUGGUCCACCUGGUCCGCCCGGAGAGAUUGGUUUACCUGGCUUACGAGGUUCACCGGGCAAACCGGGAGGUCUUAAAGGGGACAAGGGAGAUCCGGGAGAAUCUGUGAAAGGGGAUAAAGGAGAUCCGGGAAAAGACGGAAUACCAGGUGCUGGAGGAACAUACGUGCCUGUUCCAGGACCGCCAGGCCCGCCGGGAAUUCCCGGUGUUGCGAUCGAAGGUCAAAAAGGCGAACCUGGUGAUCCAGGAUUUUCUUCAUCGCCACUCCGAAGUGAAAUAAACGAACCCGUCAUCGUACCAGGCGCUAUGACGUUCCCGAACAAGAAAUCGAUGAUAAACGUAACAGACAGAACUCAGAUGGGUACCAUUGCAUUCAUCAUCGAAGAGGAAGCCCUUUUAGUACGUGUCACGCGUGGCUGGCAGUACAUUUCCCUUGGUUCAUUGGUCACAACUGGAAUCGAUCCGGUCCCGACGAGCGUUCCGAUUCCGACAAGAGUGCCGUUGGAAUCAUCGAAUUUAGUACAUAACCAUCCAGUAAAAGAUAACACAAUGUGGCAUCCCAAAAUGUUACGAAUAGCAGCGUUGAACGAGCCAUACACGGGCAACAUGCACGGAGUUCAGAGUGUGGACUAUUCGUGUUAUCGGCAGUCUCAGCGAGCGGGGCUUCACGGGGCGUUCAAAGCGUUCCUGUCGUCGCGGCUUAACAAUUUGAAAACGAUCGUCCACGAAUCCGACAGAGAUUUGCCCGUCGUCAACAUCAAAGGAGACGUCCUGUUCAACUCCUGGAAAGACAUAUUCAGCGAGAACGGCGCGUUUAUAUCGCAACAGCCCAGGAUAUACAGUUUUAGUGGCAAAAAUGUGCUCACCGAUUUCACGUGGCCUCAGAAGACCAUCUGGCACGGAUCGGACAUGUCCGGCGACAGUGCCGUGGACGGAAACUGCGACGCUUGGAACUCAGAGAGCUCCGACAAACGGGGACUGGGCUCGUCGUUGACGCCAAAGUCCGACCGGCAGGCAAAGCUCCUGGACCAGGACUCGGCGUUCGACUGCCGCAACUUUUUCGUCGUCCUUUGCGUGGAAAUCACACCGCACUCAGGGGCGAUGUUUUCGAGGAAACGGCGCAGUGGCGGAGGAGGGUUGCACGACGAACCUCAGCCACCGAUGAGCCGCCAAGAGUACGAGAAGCUCAUCGAAGACAUCGGAGCUUAAGCACUAUACGAUAUACAGGCCCGAAAACGCAUCCGCCUCGCCGGCUGUACCUAUUCGAUUAUUACAAAAUAAUAUUACGUUAUCAUUUCGACUUCGUAUUCUUUUUAGUGUGUACGGCGGCGUCGACA